AUGUUGUUAAACUAUUUCAAGAGUUUAUCCUCCGUUAAAUAAUUAUUACUGAAAAUGUUGACGUACAAGACUGUUACCUUACUGGGAAUUUUAUCAGCACAGAGGUGUCAAACCCUUUAUUUUUUGGACAUUCCGAACAUGGUGGUGAACAAUUCCAUCGUCAAGUUUUCGAUUGGAGUCCAACUAAAGCAAACAAAACCUGGCAAAUAUCUCCAUUACUAG